GACACAAGGGAGAGAAGCGCACCCAUUGUUUGCUUCUUCCCUUUGAUCCAUCCUACAUUUUUACUCGAGUGUCGCAUUGUCUAAGGACUAUUAGCCUCUAAGCUAUGGUUCUUGACAGUAUUGUAUCUUCUCCCCAUCGGAGGUCGGGAUCUAUGAGGAAGCAAUUCCCGAAAGAUGAGUUGGGUAGCUGGUCAACACUUGUUCAGAGGCACAGGUUCCUCUUAACAGCUUUGGGACUCUUAACAUUCCUGUGUACCAUCUACCUUUACUUUGCUGUUACUUUAGGGGCAACAGAUGCAUGUUCCAACUUGACAGGAACGCAGAAAGCAACGUGUAAACUGCAGCAUGCGAGGUCGACUCUAUCCCAUGGAAAACUGAAAUUCUUUUAGCAUGUUUAUGAGAAAUCACUAGUUGCUUUCGUUAUAUAAUAGUAUUUGUUUCUAGGCAAUUCGAGGGUAUUUAUUGAACUUGA